AUGAUGAAGGCCGAGACUUUAAACGGAUUCACUGCCGUAGCUUCUGAUCUGAUUCAGCAUUCUGGUUACCUAGAUACAAAUGUAAACAAAAGUGCCUCUCAGCCUGCAGAAGAACAGCUGGAUACACCUGAUGGCCCCCUUCCUGGCGCAGUCAGUGACCGAGAGGAAAAAGUAAGAUCAUCUCCAGCCAAAAUGUCAACCAAGAAAUCCACAGAUCUAGUUGAAUAUGAUAACAGGGAUGAACAUUUCCUUCCUGAUAUUCAAAACAAUGACAGAAGUCACUUUCACAGCAGACUCAACAACCAGGAGCGCACAAUCACUUUCCUCCUUGAACAAGCCUUCCACAUUAAGGAGGAGCUCUCUGCCUGUCUUCAAGGGACCAAAGGCUAUAAAGCAGAGGAAUCACUCGCCAGGAAGCUUUUGGAGAACCAUAUUCACACCAUCACUGCCAUCGUCAAGAAACUCAGCCAAAAUAUUGAGAUUUUAGAAAACCAGAUCAGAAUUCGAGACCAAAUGACAACAGGAACUAAUUAUGCAGUUCAGGAGCUGAACAACAAACAUCUUCAAGGAGUUGGAGAUCUUCGAGGAAGAGUAGCUAGAUGUGAUUCCAGCAUUAUGAAGCUUUCUGGGGACAUUCACUUUAUCAGGCAGGAGCACCAGCAAGUUGAAAAAGCAAUUCAAGAACUCUUGGCUGCCAUAGAAACAGUUUCUAAGAACUUGGAUGUAAAGGUUCUGCAUCUCUUAGGAAAGAUAGAGUCUUCACAUUCUGAGCAAACAUCAAAUCUCAAGAUCAUCCAGGGGGAUUAUCGGCAUGAAAUGAAUCUUUUGGAAUUGAAAUUUAAUGCACUUUCAAAUAAUGUUUAUGAAGAACUUGAGAACCAAGAAAAAUGGGCAGAGAAUCAGUUCAUGAAGUAUGGCAAGGACCACCUCGACAGUAUAAAUCAGUGCAUGCAGCUCCUCCAUGAGCAACUGGAAAGAUCUGAAAAUAAACUGGAACAAAAAUUACUGCAACUUUCAAGCAAAUUAGAGAAUCUCAUUAACCUACAGAAACAGGAAGCUGAACUAAACUCCAUAAGAAAAAUAGAAAAUAAACUGUACAAAAAGAUGAACCUACUGGAAAAACUCAUCUGGGGUGAAUUAGAGAAAAUGCAGAGUGAAUAUCAAACAGGAUUUAAAUCAAUUCAUGACUCUCUCGGCUCCCUUCAACAAAUACAGAAAACAAAAAUGGAUUUAGAGAAACAUAAAGUUCAGAAAGACAUAAGGAAGUUACAGCGCAAGAUAGGAGAACUCCAUGAUAUUUAA